UUAUUAUUUAUGCUGUUGACAGACGUCAAAAAUAAAUUCAUUGUAAAUUACACUAUUUGUUUCUUCACCUAAAUUUUUGUAUUUUAUCAACGCACAAUGUUAAAAUUAUCACCAAAACUAUAAUGAACCUUCCGCACAGAAUCAACUCAUUCAAAAUCAUUUCGUUUUCCCAAACAUCACAUCAAGAGCAAAUAUUCGUCUCAGUGUGAUGAAUUAUCUUGGAAGAUUUUGUAUAUUGCAAUCAAAGACUUUCAUUUUGAAAAAUUUUCAAAAAACAUUUUCAAGAUUAAGUAAAAUUGAAGAGUUAACAACCUUAAACAAAGCUAGAAUCAUGCGUCUGCAUGACUCAAAUGCAGGUGAAUUCUGCGGGGGAAACCGACAAAGUCCCAUUGACCUUGUUACGUCUUCAGUCACAUACACAAAACAACAAGGUCUUUAUUGGGGCAGUGGAUUUUUUGAAGAACCAUUAACACAAGAUGUAACAGUUGAUAAUCAUACAGUGGUGAUAACAUCAACAUUUUGGCAAACUCCGUAUAUAGCGGGAGGUCCUUUGCAGGCCUGCUACAAGCUGCACAGCAUACACUUCCACUGGAGUACAACCAAUGACAGAGGCAGUGAGCACACCCUAAAUGGCCUGUCAUAUCCGAUGGAGAUGCACGUCGUAAUGACGAAGGGAAAUUUAACAAUGGACGAAGCCAAAGCUGACCCUAAAGGCAUUGCUGUUAUUGGCUACUUUAUUGAUGUGUUGCCGGAGUAUUUAGAGCGACGUAAACCAAAAAAUCCCUUUUCAAUCUUGGCAAAAACAAUGAAGCGAAUACAAUUUGUCAAUCGACCGAAGCAAAUGCUGACAAAGUUCUCCAUAAACAAUCUGGCGAUACCAUUUCAAUUCAACUUCCUUACAUAUCAAGGAUCAUUAACAACUGGUGAUUGUAAUGAAGUAGUCACGUGGAUUAUUUCGCCAAACGUACUGAAAAUAUCGAACAAACAACUCAGUAUGUUUAGGUCUUUAGCGCCUCGGCGUUUAAUAGCCAACGCAUCAAAUUAUCGGCAAGUGCAGCCACUCAAUGGCAGGACAGUGUAUUUUGCCAAGGGACGACGAAAUAUUUUCGACAAAGCCAUCUAGCAAUCACUGUAGCUUCAUAUAGGUAGUUUACACUAGCAAUCAUGACGAAUUCUCCUGGUGAAUUGCGCCUUAGGCAAUUCGAGAAUAUAAGUGCCCAGUUCCUGAAGAUUGUUUCCUCCUUUACAUGAAAACAGAGACUUUUUAUUUAAAUAUAACUAUUUUAUAAUAAAAGACAAUACAAAUAUACAUUUACUAUAAAAUAAGUGUGCGGAUGCAAUAGGUUGCCUAACUCAAAUGUGAUUGAUUUAUUGCAAACAAACGUAAAUAAAAAUACAUGCCAAACAAAAA